UAUUUAUAUGUGUAGUAGGUGAGCAGUGGAGAGCAGUGCAGGGGUGGGGUGGUUUGGCCCAAAUUGCAGUCAUCUCCCUCCAGUUCCUCUGCCUGUAUCUGGGGCGUGUACCGCCGUUAGAGGAAGAAAAACUCCCAGCCCUGCAACUCCAACGAGUCAGUUUGGAUUUUUCAGUCAAGGGACACUCUUCAUCUUCAUCAUCAUCAUCUGUCAGCUCAGAGCAGCUCUCUCUCUCUCUCUCUCUCUGUCCCUCCCUCAGACACCCCCACAGCCUUUUUUUCUCUCUCUCUCCCUCUUUUUCUGCGUCCGCGUGUCUGUCUCCUCAGCGAUCCCAGCAUCUUCUUUCUCCCCUUGUCACAAGGCAACCAUGUCCUCAAACGGCGCCGGCGGGGACCUGCUGCGGAUCCCUCUGGGGCUGAUCAACAGCGAGGGCAAGUACCUGACCGCGGAGACCUUCGGCUUCAAGAUCAACGCCUCGGCCACUAGCCUGAAGAAGAAGCAGACCUGGACCCUGGAGCAGACCGGGGAGGACGGCAGCGUCGUGUUCUUCCUCUCCCACCUGGGCCGCUACCUCGCCACGGACAAAGACGGCAACGUCACCGCGGACAGCGAGACGCGCGGCCGGGACUGCCGCUUCGUCAUCACCGCGGACGAGGACGGGCGGUGGUCGCUGCAGUCCGAGCCGCACGGCCGGUACCUCUGCGGCAGCGAGGACCGGAUCACCUGCUUCGCGCAGACGGCCUCGCCGGCGGAGAGGUGGAGCGUGCACCUGGCCGUCCACCCGCAGGUCAACAUCUACAGCUUCGCGCGCAAGCGCUUCGCCCGCCUGGGCGCGCACGGGGAGCGGCAGGAGGUGUCCAUAGACCGGGACGUCCCCUGGGGCGUCGACUCCCUGGUGACACUGGUCUACCGCGACCAGCGCUACCACCUGGAGACCUCCGACAACCGCUUCCUCCGCAAUGACGGCGCCCUGUCCACCAAGACGGACAAGGACACCGGCUACAUGCUGGAGUUCCUCUCCGGGAAAGUGGCCUUCCGCGACUGCAACGGCCGCUACCUGGCGCCCGCGGGCCCCAGCGGCACGAUGAAGUCGGGGAGGAGCGGGAAGGUCGGGAAGGAUGAGCUGUUCGGCCUGGAGCGCAGCCACGCGCAGGUUGUGCUGACUGCGGGCAACGAGAGAAACGUCUCCACGAGGCAAGGCAUGGACCUGUCGGCCAAUCAGGACGAGGAAGGGGACCAGGAAGUCUUCCAGUUGGAGAUGAGUCGCGAGGACAGGAAGUGUGCCUUCCGAACUGCUGCCGGAAAAUACUGGACGCUGACAGCAAGCGGAGGACUGCAGUGCACCGCCUCCACCAAGUCUGCCAACAGUUACUUUGAACUGGAGUGGCGUGAUGGUCGUGUGUGUGUUCGCGCAGCCAACGGCAAGUACGUGAUAGCUAAGAAGAACGGACAGCUGGCCGCUACCAUCGACAACGCAGGGGAGGCUGAGCAGUUCCUGAUGAAGCUGAUCAACCGUCCGCUCAUCGUCCUCCGCGGCGAACAUGGCUUCAUCGGGGCUCGCAAGGCUGGAACGGCGACGCUGGACUCCAACCGAGCAUCAUACGAUGUUUUCCAGCUGGAGUUCCACAACGGCGGCUACUCCCUAAAAGACUCUCAGGGGAAGUACUGGUGCGUUGGAGACGACUCAGCGGUCAUGUGCGGAAGCUCCUCGCCCGUCCAGUUCCUGCUUGAGUUCUGCGACCUCAACAAGAUGGCCAUCCGUGCCCUGGGCGGGAAGUACCUUAAAGGAGACCACGCUGGAGGGCUGAAGGCCAGCGCAGACUCCCUGGACAACGCCACCCUCUGGGAAUACUGAGAAAGCACAGUCGGACACAAUGCAUCAAACUAGCUGUUCUUUUAUUUUCUUUUGUUGUUGUUGUUGUUGUUUGUUUUUUUGCAUACGUGCGCGUGCAUGUGUGUGUAGUUGUGAAGUUGUUUGGAUGGAUGUGUGGUGGGACCUGAAAGCGAUAAACUGGAAGUCAUGGCACCAAAGCGCUACAGGUGUUUUUUUUUUUUUUUUUACUUUCAUUAUCUCUUCUUACUGGGCUUUUUACUGGAGUUUUGAAUUCUCAAUCACUUGCUGUUUCAAUGAAUGUGUUAUAGUGUGGUCAGUUACACAUUACUUGUUUCACCUCCAGUCAUAUUUAACACAAGCUGUACCUGGUGGACGUCAGGACAACUGCUGUUAUUAGUCGUGCCUAUCUGUGCUAUCUACUGGUGACAUGAUAUAACUCAUAACUUACGAUAUCUAACCUUCUCCCGAUAAAUGUCCCACUGGCUCUAACUCUGCUUUCAUCUCUUCUUCUUCUUCUUCUUCUCCUUCAUACUAAAAUGCAUAAAGCACUUGGAUAAAGGGACGCUACUGAUUUACAUGCUUCUGCUGUAAAUAAUGCUUUCUUUGUCUCUGGAUGAAAAACAAAACAUUGUAACCAUAGAAAUACAGAAAGGGGUUAAGGUGGCAGAUUGGGCUUUUUUUUUUCCGGCCUGUGCACUUUCCAGUUUUGCUUCGUUGGUUGUCAGUGUGCAGACAAAAUCUCCUCAGAGAUGCAUCUUCAGUCAGUGGCUACAGGUUUUCCUUCAACUGUAGAUCCACUUAGGCCUCCCUCCUGUCUCCCGAGAUGAUUAACAUGUUUUAAUCAUAUUCCAAGAGGAAACUCAUGGAGGUGACUGAAAGGAGCUUUUAAAUGCACCCAUUGAGCGGAGGAGCCUUCUCGGCCGAGCGAGUGUUGGAUAAGGCCUAAUGAGCACACAGGACAUACUUAAAUGCACAUAAAUACAUACGUAGACGCUGCUGUCAUGAAUAAAUUAAAUCUAAUUGUGACACGACAGCACAAUGAGAAAGUGUCCAUUUGAACCGAGUUAAAAGCACAUGUUGGUGGUGAUGAAUUGUCUGCCUUAGACGAUAUGGUAGAGUCGUGUUUCUGGCCGUCAUCGUGACUGUGCCUUCUAUGGAGCAUUCAGUCUUUUCUCCUUCAUGCUCUUACAUUUCAACUGAUCUGAGAUAAAACGCCAAUAAAGUUUUCCCUCUUAACAGUGAA